GUCGUAUUUCUAAAACAAAGGUAAUUUUACAAUGAAAUAUGGCUUCACCACCUAAAAAAUUAAAGAUUGAGGAAAAUGGAUCUCGUUUGAGUAAACUUUUAAUCAAUAAAGGAACACAAGCCUUAAAAAAAACAUUGCAAUUCAUUAUAAAUCUUCAAUCAUCAAACUUAAAAGAUAAACUUAAUGAUCCUUCUACCAAGAGUAAAUUGACAUCACUAAAAUUCAAAGUCAUCAGCAAAGAGCAAUGGGACCUUCUUUACCCGUCAACUGGUUCACCUGACAUUGAAAAAUUUGAUAUUUCAUUAUUGACUGUCUUGUUGCGUAACAUAUGUGGUCUAACAACGCCACAUGGUGGAUGGGAUGAACUUCCUUCCUCUUCAGAUACCUCAAUCUCAGCAAAUAUUGCAAGAAUAAAGUUUUAUCGAAACAAAGUUUACGGUCACAUAACUACAACUAGUGUAAAUGAUAGUGAGUUUGAGUACUUGUGGCAGGAAAUUUCAAAAGCAUUGGUUGGUCUGGAUAUUCAACAAACUGAAAUAGAUAAAUUAAAGAAUGCUCCACUCACUGCCAAUGAGGCAAAUUAUACUGAAAAAUUAAAAAACUGGUGUACUGUUGCUGAGAAAACAAAAGAAGAUGUGGAAAGUAUAAAAAAUGACGUGGAGAAAAUUAAAGAAAGCAUGUCAACAAAAGCUGAUAUUACUGAAAUUACACAAGAGAUGGCAACAAAAGCUGAUGUAGUAGAAAUUAAACAAGAGAUGGCAACAAAAGCUGAUGUAGCUGAAAUUACACAAGUGAUGUCAACAAAAAUUGAUGUAGUAGAAAUUACACAAGUGAUGGCAACAAAAGCUGAUGUUGUUGGAGUAAGAGAAAUGAUGCUGUACAAAAUAUGCUCAGAUCUUCAGAAGCUUGGAAAGUGUAAUUUUACUGGUCUUAUAAAAGAUCUUAACAAGAAAUACCUUGAAGGCACUAGACAAUGGUUAUUUGAAAAACUUGACACUUGGUUUAACGAUAGAAGUGAAGAUGCUUCUAAUGUCAUGAUUUUGAUUGCCGGUCCUGGAGUUGGUAAAAGUGUGUUUGCUGCAGAGGUGUGUCGACGAUAUUCUGAAAAGAAGAAACUUGCUGCUUAUCAUUUCUGCAGAUAUAAUAGAUCAGAUUAUAGAGAUCCUCGAAAAUUGAUAGAAUCAUUGGCUAGUAGCAUGUGUGAUACAAUAUCAAAUUUUAAAAGUAAACUGAAUGAAGAAUUGCAGAGAAAUAAUUCCAAAGAAUCGAUCACCGAUAAAUUCCUUGUUUUAUUAAAUAAUCCAUUGCAUUCAUUGCAAGAUCAUGAACCAACGCUUUUGGUUAUUGAUGCCUUAGAUGAAAGCCAAAUCGAUGGCAAAAGUGAAUUGUUGGAAUUGAUUUCAGAAGAGUUUGACCGACUGCCUAAAUGGAUUAAAAUCUUCAUCACCAGUCGUCCAGAACUUCCUGUUCAAAAAGUGUUGAAAGACAUGAAUCCUGUGGAAAUUACAACUCAUCCUCGUGAUGAAAACAACGAAGAAGACCUGUACAAGUAUUUGAAACAUGAGUUGAACGAUCAGUUGAAUGAUCGGGUGCAGGAAGAUCACUACGUUCUAUCGUCAUUAGCAAGAAAAUGUGAGGGAUCGUUUCUUUACGCUCACCACGCACAACUGAGCUUAAAGACAGAAAAAAUUGAACUUACAUACGAGAAUAUUGAACAAUUGGUCCCUAGUGGGUUAAGCGGUAUUUACACAAAGCAAUUCAAAAGAGUGAAAGAAAUGUUAACGGAGAAAAGUACCAGAUAUUCUGUUAUCUCAGAAACUACUUUCAUGCAAUUUCUUGAAUUGUUGGCUGCCUGUCGGGAGUUUUUACCAUUAACUUUAUUGCUUGGCUAUUUAGGUUUUUCUGGUGAUAUCAAGUUUGAAGUCCGCAGUAAAAUCAUUGAACUUUUAUCUCAAAUAUUGCCAGUUUACGAUGAUUGUUUAACCGUGUAUCACAAAUCUCUAAUUGAUUGGUUGAAAUCAGAUGGUUACGAACAGCAUGAGUUUACAGUUAAUUCAAAAAAUGGUCAUAAGUUCUUAUGGCAUGCUUGUGAAAAAGUGUUUGAACACAUCAAGUCGAUGAACAUUUUUGAAGAUCAGAUGAACACUGCUAUGAUUAAAUAUGCUUUGAAGAAUGGAAUCUAUCAUAUGUCAAAAUGUGGCGAAAAUGUUGACUUUAGCUGGGCAGUAGAUGUCAAAGUGGUUUAUGCGAGGUUAAUGGCUGUGGAAGACAUUAACAUGUUUUAUACCAUUAGGUCUGAAUUGUUUAAAAUCCUUAAAGAACUCCAAACUUUCUUGAGAAAAGAUGUACUUGAGGAACUACUAUUUCAUUUGUUUAUUGCGAGAGAGCAUUUACGUAUAUAUGAUAAUGGCUUAGUUUAUUUAGAGAGUAUUGCAAACAGAAUUUAUGGCAGUAACGAAAAAAGAUUAUUGGCAAGGGAUUUAUUGAAACAAGGAAAGCUUGUUUGGUUUGAGGAUUUAGACACAACAUAUUUAACAAACCGUCAUCAUUUGACUGUCCCCUUGCGUGCUAACGUUACAUUUCUUUGUGUGUCGUCCAAUGAAGAACUUCUUGCUGUAGGAUAUGAAAAUAGUCAAAUAUCUAUUUUUGAACUUCCAGAAUUUGAACAACGAUGCACUCUUGGUACUGCACUUGAUGAUUUAAGGUUGGAAAAGAGGGAUGCUGAAAACACAAUAAAUAUUGGUUUUGUACGUGGAAACAUCUCUUGCUGCUGUUUUUCACCUACCGGAUAUAGACUGGUAACUAGUGAUGGAUCUACUGAAGUAAAGUUGUGGGACGUUAACAAUGGACGUUUGUUAGUAUGUUUACAGUCAGAUGAUGUCGUUAAUCGUUGCUCUUUCUCAGAUUCUGGUUUGUUUAUUACAGCAAGAUAUGAUGGAAUUUAUUCUAAAGAUGUGUUCACUGCAUGGAAUUCAUUAACUUUGCAAAGAAUCGAUCAACGCUGCGUUGUUGAUUACCAAAAAUUACAAUGUAGCGAUAAAUAUUCAGAGUUCUUUGGUGCAAAUUUCGUCGAGAGUUCGUAUGUUUUUCAAUUCCCAAAGGCAAUCGAUAUUUUUUCAAAAAAAAGGAAAUAUCCACUACCUUUACAUUUAAUGAUGACACACCAUUAUCGUGAUUGUAUUUUUUAUCAUACAAGCCAGAAUGGAAAGCUUUCUGAAAUCACUCAGUUUUGCGUUGUGCCGUAUUUUUCCAAGCUUAAAAUUUUCAAAACUGAUAUUCUUUGGAGACCUUCAUUUAUCUUUGAGAAUUUUGAAAUUAAAUGCUGUUGUUUUUCACCGGAUGGAUCUUUUUUGGCUGCUUUCGCUGUUGGUGACCACGUCAACAUUCAUAUUUGGAGCAUUAAACGUUACACUAUUAUUCAAAUUGUACCAAUGCAACUGAAGAAUGCAUUAGGAUGUUUGUGGUCAGAUGGUUUACUGUGGAUAUGGGAUGGUUCUGAUCAUCUUAUGAAGAUAUCAACUUCGUCUGAAAAUUUUGUGGAUUCUACUCAAGCAAAGUAUGUUAACAUUGGAUUUAAACCUAAGAAAAUCUUAACAUUCGGUGAUGUCUUAGUUUGUAUUGACAAAGAAAAGUUUGUUCAAGUUGUUAGAAUUACCAAGGGUGAGAUACAAUACAACAAAAGACUUCCUGUUGAUAGUUCAAAAUUUAAAGAAGCGGCGGUAUCACCUGAUAAUUCUGUUAUUUUAACUGUAAACAAAACAGAAUACACAUUAUGGAAAUGGGGAAAUAACAUCAAUGAACUUUACUUGGAACCUUGGCAUACUGCAGAAAUACCCAUAACAGCUAUCAUUGAAAAAUUUGUUCCACAACAGGUAACUGUAAAUGAUUUAAAGUUCAACUGCUUUAUAAGUGAUAGUAAACAAGCAGUCAUAGCAUUUUGCAAUGGCUUCAGAUGUAAAGGCAUUUAUGUAAUUAAUGUUCAUGAGAAUGGUGAUGUGAAUGAGAUUUUUCAUGAUGUCAGUGAAUAUUAUUUGCGAUCCAACCUAAUCGUAUGCAAAUGUUAUUGCAUUGGGGAGUGUUUUGGGUCAUUGUUUGCUGUAGAUUUAAAGAGUGGUAAAGUAUGCGUGCAAUUUAAGGAACUUUAUUUAAUGCCUCAUAUUAUUAUGCAUUCCAAUACAGGAACUUUAGCUUUGGUUGACAAUAUAAAGUGCAGAAUUCAAUUUUUAAAACUUAAUGUUCCUGAAUAAAUACAUCAACUCAAACUUUAAUAGUAAGUUCAAAACCCUUUUGAGAAAAUUUCACAAAGACGUUGAUGGUCCUUAGGAUGAUUGCUUGUUUCCACCUGCUAUAGUUUUCUACAGAAGAAGUAUACUUAUCCUACCAGGCAAUCUUUAAGAAAUUAUCUAUAUUUACCAAAAAUAAAUUUGGAACAAUUUUGCAGAAGAUGUUUUAAAUUUACCGGUACUUUUUCUUAGAAUAUCUUACCUCCUGCUAUUAAAGAAUGUAAAAUAUUAUCUAUGUUUUGCAAUAAUCUGAAACGAUGUAUAAUUGCUUUUUAUAACACAAAUUUCUUGUAUUUAAAAAGAUCACUUCUAUACUAAUUGAUCAUGAAUAUUUGUUUAUUCAUUUCUAAGAUUCUACUUGUAAUCUUCAUAAAUGAAUUGUCAUUUAAAGAGGGCAUCCUCUAGAUAUGACUACUACUGUAAGAUGCUCUGUCAAACUUAUUAAUAUGUAUUGUACCUCUGAACAAAUUUCAUGUUGAUGAUUUACUUUUUAAUAAAAAUGUAUGGUUAGAUAA